CUUUUAAUAUGGAUUUUACAGAAUUGCCUCUGAGGUGGCCUUCUAUUUAGGGUGCCCUUCUAAUAUAGGGUGGCCUUCUAUUUUGGGGGGGGGGUUUACAAUCAUCACUUUUUUCCACAUAAAAUCUGAAAUACUUUGCACAAUGCACACAAUAAAGAAAAUGAUUAUAAAAGCGAGAUUAAACGGCAUUUCAAAUCAGGCUGUUGAUGCCUUUGAGUAAAAAUUGUAUGAGUCACAUGAUACCCGAUUGAUGUUUUAAAAGUAAAAAUCCUUCCUUAAAUAUGGGUGAUACAUACAGGAAAGUUUUUACACACUUAUUUUGCUAUUGUAGAAUUUCAAAACGAUGUUCUUUGUCGUUUUACUUCUACUUGGUUGUUCAAGUAAAAUCUGGUGUGCAGGUGAUGUUGAACCACAAUUAAAAACUUUGGAAGAUUUAAAAGUAUCAGUGACCGAACUAACACUCGAAGAAAAGUUGGCACAUAACAUCACAUCUAACAGUUACGUGUUCGAUUUUGAUAAUGCGACGGUGGGCGUGUCAACAGGCAAAGGAGGACGAACUGUAGCUGCAAAUGCUCGUAAUUUUCCCGCUCUCAUAAAUCAUGGCGUAGCAAUGACGGUUGGAUACAUUGGUCCAUGUGGUCUCAAUCUACCACAUUUUCAUCCACGUGCAAGCGGAAUUCUUUACGUUGUCCAUGGUAAAUUUGAAAUAGGAUUCUAUCAGGAAAAUAGCGCCAAAUUUAUUACAAACAUCGUUAAAAAAGGACAAGCAACUGUAUUUCCUAAAGGCGCUGUACAUUAUGAACAGAAUUUAGGAUGCGAACCAGCACAAUUUGUUGCAGCCUAUAACAAUGAAGAUCCCGGCACAUUGACAGUCAUUAAUAGUUUAAAACAAGUAUCAGCCAAUAUUGUUAGUGCAUCUCUGGGAGAUAUUCCCGAUAACGAAUUUGAAGCAUUACUCAAACGUUUACCGGUAAAUCCAGCAUUGGGCGUUGAUGAAUGUUUGAUCAGAUGUGGAUUGAAAAGUGCUGGUCGCAAGAAAAGCGUGGCUAGAUCGGUGAAAAAAUAA